UCUUCUCUAUUUCUUUGUUCUUACUCCCAAUUCUGAACUCAAAAAUAUUCAAAAGAAAAGAAAAGUUAUCUCCGUUUAUUUUGGUUUCGAAUUUGUAAGAUUGAAAUUGAAGCAAUAAUGGGCUCAGACUCGAACUCAGCAGCAUCUACAUCGUCAACGUCAUCGCCCAGCGGAAAGCGAGCUAGAGAUCCAGAAGAUGAGGUUUACCUCGACAAUCUCCAUUCUCACAAACGCUACCUCAGCGAGAUAAUGGCGUCCAGUUUGAAUGGAUUGACGGUUGGAGACCCACUCCCUGAGAAUAUCAUGGAAUCUCCAGCGAGGUCUGAAAUCAUGUUCUACCCCAGGGAUGAGCUGUCCUUGCAGUAUUCACCAAUGUCAGAAGACUUGGAUGACACUCGAUUUUGUGAGACCCCCAUAAACACUUGCUCAUCCCAACCUGACAGUGUGCCCACCAGUCCUGUCUCUCCAUACAGGUAUCAAAGACCUUUUGGUGGAUUCUCGUACGCAACUUCCUCUAGUUCACACCCUUCACAUGGCUGUGCCGUUCCUGCUACUGUCACUUGUUCGCAGCCUCGCCAACGAGGCUCAGAUUCCGAGGGUCGGUUCCCGUCAUCACCUAGUGAUAUAUGUCAUUCAGCUGACUUGAGGAGGGCUGCACUCUUGCGAUCUGUGAUGAGAACACAGCCUACAGGCCCAUCAUUUCAUGAACUGGCAUUUUGUUCAGGACAAGAUCCUGUACCUAAUAUAGAAACUGAAGAGCCAUAUAUGAAGUCUCUGGUGGAUGAGAGGGAGUAUCAAAUUGAGGAGUGUUCUUCAAUGGGUGUGCCAGACUCUGAUUUUAACCGAGAGAGGUCUUGCAGAGUAUUGAAUAUGAAUGUUAAAGGGAAUGGUUCUGGGGAUUAGAUUCUUCAGGAAAGGCAUUAGAAGACAAAGCUCAAAUCUCAUCAUGGGCACUUUUUACUAUGGGAUCACUGUUGCUUGUGUUAGUUCAAAGCCCCAACAUAUGUCAACAUAUCUUGGCUGGAUCAUCUCAGCACUACAUAGUUUACUCAUGAGUUUGUUUGAAUUAUCUCAUCUUUUCAUGCACAGGUACAGUUGCUGACAGUUUCUUCUCUAAAAAUAGAAGAGUGUUCACUUGGGACGAAGUUUGUUUCCCAGUCUCUCCUGAUUCUAGGCAGCAACUUGAGCUUUGCUUGCGUUUUGAAUCUUUUGAUGUUGUAAAUAGAGGGUAUAUGUGGCAUUAUUUUUUAUAAUGGUAAUCAUUUACACUUAA